AUGAGAUUUUCCGCUGUAGUCGUCGCGCUUGCCGGCUUUGCCGCCGCGCAGCAGAAUGCGCUACCCACGUGCGCUCAAGGCUGCGUAAAUCAAUACACUACUGGCAGUGGCAUUGCUGGCUGCAGUCAGAUCGACGUCAAGUGCAUCUGCUCCAACUCUGGCUUCCUUGACGGCAUCGCAUGCUGUCUCGCCGGUGCCUGUCCUCAAGCCGACCAGGACACCGCCGUCAAGUACGCAAAAGACAUCUGCACCGGAGCAGGCGUCACCGUCCCCGAUCAAGUCGUCUGUAAGAGCGCCAACUCGACAUCAUCGGCCACUGCUUCGCAAACGACCGCCGCUGCGACCGGAGCAACGGCGUCCGCCUCUGCUACCAGCACACCGAAUGCUGCGUCUACAAUGGGUCCGGUUGCGUUUCUUGGAGGUCUUAUUGCCGCCCUGGUCGCAUUGUGA